CGUUCCGUGAAUUUAUUAGCAAGUCCAAAUAUAAAAUACUGACUAAUUUGCACAAAUUUUUAUCGUUAUUCAAAAAAUAUAAAUAUAUUUAAAAUAAAGGAUUUUUCACGUCUCCACAAUAACAAUGACCGCAACUGCUGCAGAUCGUGGCGUACAGCGUGGAGUCAACCGCGUACUUGUUAAGCUGGAAAAUUCAAUUGAAUCAGGCAAUUACUAUGAAGCACAUCAAAUGUAUCGCACAUUGUACUUUCGAUACACCGGCCAGCAAAAAUAUGCGGACUGCUUAGAGUUACUAUGGAGUGGGGCAAUGAAGCUUGUCUCGAAACAACAAGAAACGAGUGCAGCAGAUUUAGCUCUCCUCCUUAUUGACACAUUAGAUAAGCGUGGUAGUGUUGAAAAUGAUCAAAGUAAUGAUGGCGACAUAUGGAUUCAGCGAUUGGGCACGCUUAUUGGACUUCUAAGUUCUACAACAGUGGAGCGCGAGACCUUAAUUAGCCGCGCAAUAAAGUGGAGUAGUGAUAUGUCGGGCAAUACAUUAGGGCACCCCGGCAUGCACAAAGCUAUUGCUCAAGUAUUUUGGGCUGAAGGAAGUUGUGAGCAGGCUCGUCAUCACUUUCUACUAAGUCGUGAUGGAAAUCUUUGCGGUCGUAUAUUAAUUAAGAUCCAUAAAAAUAAAGGCUACGAAAACGAAUUGGAUUUAUUUAUCGUACAGGCUGUACUACAACAAUUAUGUUUAAAGGAUCGGAAGACUGCUGAAGAUACUUUUGUCUCCUAUACCUCAAAUCAUUCAAGCAUUAAGCGCAAAGAGGCUCCAUUCAAACAACCGCUAUUAAACUUUGUACACUUUUUGUUUCGUUGUAUCGACACUGGACGACAUGACACAUUUCGUACUUUGUGUGAUCUAUAUAAACCGUCAUUGAAUAGAGAUCCUUCAUUCGAGAAAUAUUUGGUUAAAAUAGGAAUACAUUUCUUUGGUGUUGCACCGCCACCUACAAUAACUGGCGGAGGCUUGAUGGGCGGCAUGUUUGGUGACUUAUUUACACGCUUAUUCCAAGGAUUCGAUGACGAUGAUGACGACGAUAGCCAACAAUCCAGGUCUAGUUCCAACACACGUUUACGUACUGGUGGCGCAGCAAACUCUGUCAAUCUAGAUUAACACCAAUUAUAUGACGAUACUAAAUAAUCAUGUUUUUUUUUAUGAAAUAAACUAUUAACUUUAGCAUGUUA